UAUACAGGUGCCGCGCGCCCGCGCCGCCGUGCACCUCACCACUAAUUCACCGUUGAGGAGAGGAGCUGGCUGUGGGCCUGUGGCUGGCCGGAGAGCACCGGCCGGCCGGACCUAACAGCAUACACCACACACUAGCUAGCAAAGAGAGAGGGUGCCGCGCGCCAUGGCGGAGACGUACGGCGAUCUCAGUGGUUCUGUCCAAGCUCGGGGAGCUAGCGAGACGAACGAGGCGACCAUACUGCUUGAGGUGGGCGACAACAUGGCGCAGCUUCGCGACCGCCUCGAGUGGCUGCAGGCCUUCGUCCGCGACGCCGACAGGAAGCGCCGGGCCGGCACCGACCAGCUCACCCGCGUGUGGGUGCGCCAGACGCGCGACGUCGCCUUCGAAGCCGAGGAUGCACUCGAUGACUUCUUUUACGAGACUGUAAUCUUGCUGACGGAGAGUACAUCCUCGUGCCGGAGCAAGGAGCUGCUCAGGAGGUAGCCCCAGAUCCAGCACCAGAGCCAGCACCAGAGGACCUGCCUGCCACUGCUUUGGAAGGCAAGCCCCG